GUCCACAGCAGCUUCCUGAACCAUGAAGCUGGUAACAGUCCUCAUGUUGACCACCCUGCCCCCGUACUGCUAUGCAGGGAUUGGCUGCGAUAUUAUGUAUAAUGCGGUAGAUAUGCUGAUUGAUCCCGAUGUGAAUGUGACUGAAUACAUCAAUAACUUGCAAGAGUUCUCACCAAGUGAAGAAACCGAAAAGGCCUUCACAUUCAUGAAAGAAUGCUUUCUGCAUCAGAGCAGAGAAACUCUGGACAACGUCCAAGAGCUACAGCAAGCAAUUUACAGUAGCUUUUGGUGUGCUCGGUACUAA